AAUCUUUAUAUUUUAAAAUAGUCUAAAGUCCCAGAUAGCAUAACAGCGCAUGUUUAAGCAAAUUAUAUCUUUUUUUAUUUAAAAUACAGUAAAAUACUUAAUAUUAAAGUUGUUUAUAUUUUGUAACAAUAUUAACGGUGUUGUCAAUACAAAAACAAAUACUAGCCAGUACGUUUACAUUAUUAAUGUUUUGUUUAGUAGGUAAUGGUUUCAACGUGACUUAACGGGCCUUACACAACAUUCAUAAAAUCUUGACAUUUACUACUUGUAUCGAUAACGUUAGAAGAUAACUCUUAAAUCACGUGCUUACUUAUAAUAGGUUUCGUGAGAGGUUUGAGCCAGUCACUACACAUCUGUCUUUCUAUACUGACGUCUACAAGGAUGUCGUAAAUCAUUAAAAACAACGUAUUCAUUUCGGAACUUAAUUGACACAGUGUAGUUAUUGCAUACAAAAAUGAAUAUUGCAAAUCAAGUGAGUGAUCACGAUACUGUUUGGAAAAAAAUAAAAAAGUGCACUCGAAGUACUUGCAGUGUCAAAACAGUGAAGAAGAGACUUCCAAUAGUGCAAUGGCUGCCGAAAUACAACUUCACGUUUUUGAUCCAAGAUAUAAUAGCUGGUGUAACGGUUGGACUUACAGCCAUACCACAAGGAAUUGCAUAUGCUGUUGUUGCUGGUUUGUCCCCUGAGUAUGGACUAUACGCUGGUCUCAUGGGAGGAUUCAUCUAUUUGAUCUUCGGAAGUUGUAAAGAUGUAACAGUUGGACCUACAGCUAUUAUGUCAGCUCUUACAGCGAAGUACGUGUCAGGAUAUUCAUCAGAUUUCGCCGUUCUAGCUGCAUUCCUAUCUGGCGUAGUCGCACUGGCCAUGGGCAUUCUUCACCUUGGAUUUUUACUGGAAUUCAUAUCCCAACCUGUUAUCACGGGAUUCACAACAGCAGCAGCUCUUCAAAUUGCAUCCGCUCAACUGAAGUCUUUACUUGGACUUGCUGGAUCAUCAGGAAAUUAUUUCGCUGAAUCUAUUACAAAUUUCGUUGUGAACAUAAAGACUGCUAAAUUGUGGGACUCUUUUCUAGGUUUCAGUACCAUCAUUGUACUAUUUCUACUGCAACGGCUUGGGAAAGGUUGCGGUCGUACUGAUGGGUUAUUGAAACAGUUAAGAUGGUUCGUCUCUCUAGCUCGUAAUGCCGUGGUAGUGAUAAUAGGCAUAAUUAUUGCUUACAUUCUAAAAUUAAAUUUAGACAGCGAGCCAUUGACAUUGAUUGGUGAAAUUGGCAGCGGUUUGCCUACAAUCAAACCUCCACCUUUUACUACUGUUGUAGGAAAUGAAACGUACACAUUUAAUGAUAUGUUGUCUGUAUUAGGACUACAAUCAGUAGUGCUCCCAUUAGUUGCUAUUUUAGAAUCUGUUGCGAUAGCGAAAGCGUUUGCUGGAGGAGUGAUUGUUGACGCGACACAAGAAAUGAUUGCCCUAGGUUUUUGUAAUAUCAUUGGCUCCUUUGCAAGUAGCAUGCCUGUAACAGGCUCAUUCACUCGAACUGCUUUGAAUCAUGCAUCAGGUGUACAAACCACAGCUGGAGGUAUAGUCACUGGUUUGCUUAUUAUUUUGGCUCUAAGUUUGUUAACAUCAACAUUCUAUUUUAUACCAAAAGCAACAUUAGCCGGCCUGAUAAUCACAGCUAUGUUUUCAAUGAUAAAUUACACUAUUUUCGGAAGGUUAUGGAAGGACAGUAAAAAAGAAUUAGUAGUAAUAGUUAUAACUAUAGGUAUUUGUUUAUAUUUAGGUUUAGAAUAUGGUAUUGUAACAGGAAUCGCUGUGGAAGCUGCUAUGUUGUUGUUCACAACGUCAAGACCUAAGGUUGAUGCUGAUUUAGUUAAAAGCGAUAAAGGUGACGUGAUAGUAAUAAUGUUGUCUGAUUCUGUAUCUUAUUGCGCAGCUGAACAUGUUCGGCGAGCAAUUUUAAAAGCGUCUAAUGAUGCUGACACUAAUACUCUUAUAGUAGUUGAUGGCACAAAUCUAAGAAGUAUGGACACUACUGUAGCAUCUAACUUAAUGUCAGUGGUACAAGAUGUACAUAAAAAAGAUGUCAAAAUUAAAUUCUUAAACUUCAAGCCACACUUAAUAGACAUGUGUGCCAAUUUAAAUGCAAAAUCUUUAGAAAUUUUUGAAGAAGCAUCCAAUGCCAUAGAAUUGUUAAAUCGGAUAACAAAAUCUGUUUGUAUUCGUAUAUAAUAAGUAUUGUUUACAGUUUUGUAUACUAAGAAGCCAAUUAGGACUAUUAAAUAUAAAUAUUUAUAAU